GUGGGGAUCAGCUCCCUCGUUCUGCAUGGGUUAGGGUAGAGCUUCUAAGAAAUCGAAUGAAACUUUAGAUGCAUCGUUACCUUCUCCCAGGUGGUCCCAAACCUGAUAGAGAACUGAAAGUCAUAAUUCAUUUUCUAGUUGUCGAGAUGUUCUCAUAUUUGUUGGAGAGUUUGGGCUGAAUCGAUGGGGGAAGGCAAGAGGUCUCCCUCGCACCAUCCAGGCCCCAGGAAACCGUUCAUGCUGCCAUGCACGAUCGAGAUCCCAGGUCCUCUACUGUCGUGUAGGGGAAGGACCGUGCCCAGCUCUGACCACGAGGUGUAUAGUAUUUGAAGCCAAGAAGGGCAGACGCCUGCAGAGCAGGUCUUGAGUUCAUCCAUCGAAGCUGGACACACUCGAUCAUCGAUCAUGGAUUUGAUAUUGAAACGAGUGCAGAAUGUAGAAUGUGGGAGGGAGAGAAGGACCUUCAGGUUGGAGAAGCAGCUGCUGGAGCUCAUGCUCGGAGAUGAAUCGCACGAUGAGAGGACUCUAGUCACCAGUCACAGGCCGAGAAGGUGCUUAUGGGAUGAAGCAGAACUGAUGGAGAUCGAAGACGAUGACCGGAGAUGCUCGUAAAGAUUAGGGGUUUAGGCCAUAGAGCUUCGGGUAGAACAUCGUCCUUGAUGCUACGUGCGUCUCAAGGACGAUGUCUACAAGUAAUUUUGAAGUUUCUAGACGAUGGGUGUGAGAUCUUCAAUUCAAAAUGAAUACGAAGUCGGGACCAUUGCUGUGACGUGCACGGAUUCCAGUUAUUGGCAUCGAUCAAUUGCGGUAAGCAGCCAUCGACGCGAGUCAACGUGCUUCAAGGGUCACCCUACAAGAUAUUCAGCAUGGUGAGGUACGUGCAGAUGAUGCCCUUUUUGAGCUGCUGCGCUCGUACAGAAAGUUCUGGUUUAUUUCAAGUAUCCGGGACAACUCUGGGACUUGCUGCUGAGAACAUCGUUGGAAGAUUCAUCGAACCUGCAAAGCGUUAUCCGCAUGGUUUUUGAAUGACUUCACGUUCAAGUAGAUGAAAGAAUCCAGAGGUGUUUCCCCUGACGGCAUGAGUUGAAGAACACGGACCCAUGUCCAAUCGUGGUGAUUAUGGCUCCGGCCCCCGGUUCGCACCAGCGUACAAGGUGCACUAGCACUGAACCUCGUACCCCUUCUUCUUCCUAUGUAAGUUAUUCUGAAGAUUUAGUGGUGAGCAAGUGUCGCAUGAGAGACCGACUCCUUCAUGAUCAGACUUCACAAUUCACACUUCGCGUGAGUGGACAUGAUCGUGAUCCAUGAUACAUAGAAUAUCUCUCAGAAGUCUGAGAUGGAGCACGAGGUUAAGUCUUUCUAAACCUUGCUUUUUGAGUCGCGUUGUCCGAGAAACUCUUCAGGCCAAGAUUUUCGGUCUCGGGUUUCGGAUCAUUACAAGACUAGUGCACGGAGAAAUCUGGUGAAUUGUCCUUAGCGUUCGUGCAGAAACAGGCAACAGAGGGAUCUGAUGGAGCAGUCAUCGAGAGACACGGGUCAGCGAGGAUUCUGUUCCGCAAGCAGCUCAGGUUAAUGAUGUGUCGACCGGAAAAUAAUGACGAAUCGACGACAAUUAAACAGGACGCGCGCAGGAGCAAAAAUUGCUGAAAAUAGAUCCCGUACAAAAGCAGACAACUGCCUGGACACUUGCGCUCUCAUUCCCUCUAUUCAAGGAGACUGGCCCUACCUAUGCUCGCUGUCAUUCCGAUUCUCACUGCUGUUUAGAAGCAACUGUCAGCUUACAAGUGGAACCAUUGAAGCAACGUCAACUUCGAAUCACUGGGCACUCUUUGCCUUUUCGCAGAAGGGAGGCUGGACUGGGCUCAGAGAAGGAUGGGAAGAAAUUUCCAGGGAAGAACCUUCUAACUCUGUUUCUGCGAGGCAAGUUGCAAGAAGUAAGUCAGUCACUCCAUAGCCGCCAGCGAGCAUAAGCUCCGUGCAGUUAUGGCGCGUGUAAGUUUGCAAUGAUUGAUCGAGACAGCUGUCAGGACGAGAAGUUAAGGACGCCCAUAACUGGAUCGAGAAUGAUUCCAGUCGUUCCAUUCAUCCUGAUUUUGAAGGAUGAAACAUGAAAUUCGAGAAUCCCACAAGAAAACAGACCAAGAAUGCUGUCAUUUUCUCUGACUGCGGACUGAUUCUCCUUGUGGAUAGCGUAAUGGUCACAUACGAAUCGGCAAUAGCUUGCCUCGACUUCGCUUUCAAAGACACUCCCCUUGUUGGAUGGCAUUGCGGACUUCAGUUCCCUGUCUACGAAUACUAGGCACUGUAUGUCUGCAUGUCGAAAGGAGCUGAUGUGAAGUUUUCUUGCUGUUGGACUCUCAGGGGAUGAUAAUCUAAUGUGGAACAAAUUGAGAAUAAGAGAUGAGAGAAGGGUACCGUUCUUGGCUUUGAUCUGUAUUCAAUAAGUUAUGAAAUCUGUUGGAAGCAAAUCAAGAGAAUGAUGGCCGUAUGUGGACCUAAACUCCGCACAGGAGCUCUUUUGUAAUGCCCGUAUGAUUACUAAGAGAUGAUUACAAUGACUACAAACUGUUGGGAAAUGAGACCAAUCCACGAAUCCCAUCACUUCUGCAGGACAAGAGUUAC